UUCUGUUGGGCAUUGGACUUAGUUGUUUGCUUCUUGUGCUUUAUAUUAUAUUUCAUUGUUAAAGUGGAAGUGAAUGCAACGAUGUCGACGUGUGAUAGUCAGAGGGCUGAGGCCUCGAGGGAUAACGUUUCUCAAAAUUCUGUAGACGAGGGUUUACCGCGAGAGCUUAGCCAACUUAGCCUUUCGAGUGGCUCCAGUCCAGAUGAAUUUCACUGCAACAAAGGGCAUUCCGAAGCAACUUUAAAGAACAUUUUUGGAUAUUACCAAUCACAAAAACUCUGCGAUGUAGUCCUUAUUGCGGGUACUUGCAGAAUUCCCGUCCAUAAGUUGGUGCUAGUAUCCUGUAGUGAAUAUUUUGCUGCAAUGUUCAUGGGUUCACUACAAGAAUCAAAAUCAUCAGAAAUAACAUUAGAGAGAGUAGACCCUCAGGCUUUAAAAACUUUAGUAAAUUACUGUUAUACAGGUAUCAUAGAAUUAAGUGAAGAUACUGUAGAAGUAAUAUUAUCAACAGCCACACUUUUACAAUUGAAUGUAGCAGCAAAAGCUUGUUGUGAUUUCCUAGAGAAACAACUUGACCCCUGUAAUAGUUUAGGUAUUGCAUUAUUUGCAGAGCAACAAUCAUGUCUUAGUUUACACAAAAGUGCUAUGCAGUAUACAUAUCAACACUUUAUGCAGGUGGUAAAAAAUGAUGAGUUCCUACGACUGAGUGAAGAACAGUUGUCAAAUUUAUUGAAUUCAGAUGAUCUCAACGUAGUAACUGAAGAGAAUGUCUUUGAGAGCUUGAUGUUGUGGGUACAACAUGACGUUGCAGAUAGACAGAAAUAUCUCCCCAAUUUACUUAAAUUUGUCAAACUGCCACUAUUAUCAUCAGAGUAUUUGAUAGACAAAGUAGAGUUUACUUGUGGUAAUGUGGUGGGAUGUCAGCCAUUGAUAAUGGAAGCUGUCAAAUGGCACUUGUUGCCUGAGAGGAGAUCUCUGCUCUUCUCUCACAGGACUCGGCCACGAACAUCUACUAUUGGAAGGUUGUUGGCUAUCGGCGGAAUGGAUGGGUACAAGGGCGCAAGUAACAUGGAGAUGUAUGACCCGCGCACAAACACAUGGAGUCCCUAUAUGCGAAUGGGCGCGAGACGACUUCAGUUCGGUGUUGCCGUUCUUCAAAAUAAAUUGGUUGUGGUCGGCGGACGGGAUGGACUUAAAACUCUCAACACGGUGGAAUGCUUCGACCUGACCUCUUUGAGUUGGAGUACUCUAGCUCCCAUGAACACGCACAGACAUGGGCUAGGCGUGACCGUGUUAGGUGACGGACCAAAUUCGCCUAUAUACGCUGUGGGAGGACACGACGGCUGGAUAUACCUCAAUUCUGUUGAGAGAUGGGACGCAUGUUCUCGCUCAUGGACGAUAGUCGCGAACAUGUCCGGCGCUCGCAGUACAUGUGGUGUUGCCGCUUUACGCGGACGUCUUUAUGCUGUGGGCGGACGCGAUAGUGGGGCUUGUCUCCGCUCAGUCGAGUGCUACCAUCCCGCUACUAACCAUUGGACCGCCUGCGCACCCAUGAACCGCCGCAGAGGAGGUGUCAGUGUAUGCGCGGCCGAUGGCUACCUGUACGCUUUAGGGGGCCACGAAGCCCCCGCAAACGCCACUGGGGGCCGCCUCGCGUGUGUCGAGAGGUACGACCCCAUUGCCGACAAUUGGGUGCUGCUCGCAAGGUUGUCGUACGGUCGGGACGCGAUAGGAUCGUGUCUUUUGGGCGAUCGAAUCAUUGCUGUCGGUGGAUACGACGGCGUGAAAUACCUAUGUGUAGUGGAAGUGUAUGACUCUGAGUCCAACUGUUGGCGCAAGUUAGCUCCGCUAACGACAGGCCGCGCAGGCGCAGCUGUCGUCGCGAUACCUCCGCCGAGAUACCUAACAACCAAAGUGGAGAACACAGAACAAGAAAGCCACAAGUUUUUUGUCUUAAAGACAAUUCAGUAUUAAAUUAACUUGCCAUUUUAUGAGGCUUUACGGUUUUCAAUUUAAUAAAAUAAUGGAAACGAUACAAUUUGGAGUCGUUAACUGUGAUAAAAUUCAACUAAUAAUUAAAGUGCAUUGCAACAUUCCGGUACAAAAAUAUUUUUUUGCUAUGGUAACACUGAAGAAUCUGACUUUCUAGAUUUAAAUUUAACGUGUCACGUGACAUAACUAACUAAUAAUACUCACUAUUUUUAACCAGUCUAAAGAAUUCCAAAAUUAUUAUUAAAUGUAUGUAUUUAACGAUAUAAAAUCCACGGACAUCUAAUCUGGCAACCCUGUCGUCAAAGCUAGUUUCAAUUGUCUAUGGGUUCAGUUGUGUUUGUGGUCUUUAUAUUAACAGUUUUGGUGCAUUUAUUGUGACGUGUUUAGAACAUUAGGAUGGCGCCUUUGCUCAAAAUACUAUAUUUCAUAAAUAAUAGAGAAAAUUAAUAAUAUUUAUGAUCUCAGUUAAAUUUAUACUUUUUAUACUGUUUUCUUUAAAACUUAAAUACUCAGUUUUAAAGAUAAAUAAUAUAUUAUAACGCCAUCUGUGGGUUGAUGUAGAAAUUUGCUAAUGAUUGGUUUUAUUCCUUAAAGCACGUCAGUAUUACGAUUAUGACCUACAAUGUUUUUCUGUGAUUUUAUGACUAAAGUAUACAUUUAUUUUAUAUCCUUUUUUGGCUUUAAGUAUAUUAUUUUCAAAUAUCGAAUGUUAAUUGUAAGUUUUGUAUCUCUUAAUAAGUUACCCUCGCUAAUUAUUCGAAUAGAGGUGCGUACUUUUGGAGUAGAAAAUAAAUCGAAUUAAUAGUUUUAGAUAGAUAGUUGUAUUGACAUUGUAACGGUUGUUGGGUACAUAGGUAAUAAUAACUCGUAUAACCGAUAAUACCUAGAGGUUUCCUUAUAUUUUGAAUUUCGAACGCAUUAUUUGUUUUUUUUUUAAAUAUAAAUAAUAGAAUUUGGAGUUCAACGGCCGUAGGGAUGAGAAUUUAUAACCAUAGACAGAAGACUAAACCGUGCGUUUUAGACUAGUGAUGAACCUAAUACAUCUACAUCAUUUUUUUUAAUAUAUAGUGGUUUUCUCAAAACUUAAAUGGAAAAAAAAUGUUAUUAAAGAUUGAAAUCUUAGCUUCAUAUGUAAGUGAGCUCUUGAGUUUUCAAUUUAAAUUUUUAGACUGAAAUAUAACUGUGAAUAAAUAUAAUCAUUUGUAU